GCAAAGCUCUCACCACCCGCCUCUCAUUGCCGCCCGCCUCACACUUGCUUUCCUUUCCUAUAGUAACAUACUCCAUCCCGAUAUACGCUCAUAUUACGCGACAAAAUGCUAGGCACCGGCCGCGGCAGUAUCGCACAUGUGCACUACACAGGCGAAGAGGCUGCAGGCGAGAUCAGGAAGCUCCUCGACAUUGUUGUUGAGAACGAAGAUGAUUUCGAAAAGUGGGAAACGCUUGUCACUCGCGCCUCUGAACUCGAGGGCGGCGUCACCCGCAACUCCAGCCCGUCGGCCAUCGAACUCGUGCGCAACCUUUACGACUGCUUCCUCACCAAAUUCCCUCUCUUUUUUGGAUACUGGAAGAAGUACGCGGAUCUUGAAUUCUCCAUUGGGGGCACUGAGACCGCGGAGAUGGUGUACGAGCGCGGUGUAUCCUGCGUCACUCCAUCGGUCGACUUGUGGGCGAAUUAUUGCACCUUCAAGAUGGAUACAUCCCACGAUAAUGAUGUCAUUCGAGAACUUUUCGAGCGCGGCGCUCACUUCGUCGGUCUUGACUUUCAAAGCCAUCCGUUCUGGGACAAGUACAUCGAGUUCGAAGAACGUAUCCAGGAACCCGCCAAUGUUACCAAGAUCUACAGCCGCGUUCUUCAAAUUCCUAUCUACCAAUUCUCCCGAUACUACGAGAAGUUUUCGGUCCUCCUUGGCUCGCGCCCAAUCGAGGAACUAGCUGAUGCCGAUACCCUUGAGGAGCUGAAGAAUGCAGUACAACUUGAGAACCAGGGAGGGCCAGAAAAGCCACCGCUUGAGAUCGAGCGACAACUGCGUCAGAAGGUCCAUGAGUACUAUUACACUUCGUACUCGAAGACCCAACAGGAAGUGACAAGCCGCUGGAAUUACGAACAGGCUAUCAAGAGGGCCUAUUUCCACGUUACAGAGCUCGAAGACGCCGAACUCGACAACUGGCGAAAGUAUCUGGAGUACGAGGAGAAGGAGGGCGACUUCGAGCGUACCUCAUUCCUGUACGAGCGCUGCUUGGUCGCCUGUGCACUUUACGAUGAGUUCUGGCUGCGAUAUGCGCGUUGGAUGUUUUCGCAAGGCAAAGAGGAAAACACGAGGAUUAUCUAUAUGAGGGCUAGUUGCAUCUUCGUUCCCAUCUCUGCGCCCACAAUACGUCUCAACUGGGCACGAUUCGAAGAGAAGCUCGGCCGGAUCUCGGUGGCCCGCGAUAUUUACUUGGCUAUGCUCGAGCAGGCACCUGAGCAAACCGAGACCCUCAUUUCUUUGGCUGGUCUAGAGCGACGACACGAAGGCAACGAUGCAGCAGUACGUUUGUUGGAGGAGCACAUUGGACGCUCCAAUAAUCAGAUUGGCGGCGUACUAGCUGCGGAGCAAGCGCGAAUCCUGUGGCAAUGUAAAGGCGCCAUCGACGAGGCUCGCGAAGUAUUUAAGAACAAGCAUGAGCGGUUCCCCGACUCCCGAGAUUUCUGGGUCAAGUACCUUCAAUUCGAAGUUGCACAACCCUCUCCUGAUCACGAAGAAUCCCAUAGCCGGAUCAAGGCCGUUCAUGAAUUGAUGCGCACCAAAGGCCGGUUCUCCGCAGAAGUUUCAAAGGAACUUUCGCACUCCUACAUGGCAUAUUUACUGGACCGCGGAGGCAAGGAUGCUGCCGAGGAGUACAUGCAGUUGGAUCAGAUUGUCAACGGUGCCAAACAGAUCGAAGAAGUAGUCACUGCAGCGCCCGUUACUCCUGCAAAGCCAGGUCAUCGAACUCGUUACUAGGAG